AUGGCCGACCCAUUUGCUCCACGCUCUAUGAAGCGCAAGAACGUCAAAGGACUUGCACUCAAAGCGGCUGCCCCUCGACCCCCACCAACCGCCGAAACCAACCAUCAUGAGUACAGCGGAAGCCAAGAUGCAGGUAAAGAUGAACAGUUGGAGAUCGGUAUCGAAUACAAGUUGGACCUAAGACCCGAGGAUCUCGAAAUUCUCAAGGAGUUAGGAUCUGGUAACGGUGGUACGGUCAGCAAAGUGAAGCACCUAACAACGGGAACUGUGAUGGCUCGCAAGGUUAUUCAUGUGGAAGCGAAGCGAGAAAUACGGAAGCGAAUUGUCCGAGAACUCCAGAUUAUGCACGGCUGCCAUUCUGACUACAUCGUGACAUUCUACGGUGCUUUCUUAACUCCAAAUAACGAUGUUAUAAUGUGUAUGGAAUAUAUGGAUGUGGGUUCCCUUGAUCGAGUCUCGAGGGUUUUUGGCCCCGUUCGAGUUGAUGUUCUGGGUAAAAUUGCAGAAGCGACUCUUGGUGGUCUGACAUACCUUUACACCAAGCACCACAUCAUGCAUCGUGAUAUUAAGCCAUCCAAUAUUCUCGUCAACUCGAGGGGUUCGAUCAAGCUUUGCGAUUUUGGUGUUUCUGGCGAGCUUGUCAAUUCUAUCGCUGACACCUUUGUCGGUACUUCCACUUACAUGGCACCCGAAAGAAUCCAGGGUGAGAAGUAUACGGUCAAGUCAGAUGUCUGGAGUUUUGGUCUGAGCAUCAUGGAACUUGCUAUUGGCAAAUUUCCUUUUGCUGCCAGUGAGCAACUCUCAGAUGGCGAUUGCGCUCCUGCGGGUAUUCUGGACUUGCUUCAACAGAUUGUUCACGAACCGGCUCCCAAGCUUCCAAAGAGCGAUGCUUUCCCUAGCAUUCUUGACGAUAUGAUUCAGAAGUGUCUUUACAAGGAGCCCGAACGUCGACCAACCCCCCAGGAGCUAUUCGACCGUGAUCACUUCGUACAAGCCGCCAAGCGUACACCAGUUGAUCUUAGAGAGUGGGCUGUCGGUAUGAUGGAGCGUGACAAUAGAAAAUCCCACCUAGCGCCUCAGCUCUCUCCUGCAACCCAGGAUCUUCUGCGCUCAAGUGACUCGCCCACCCAGUCCCAGCAGAUACAGGCAUCGGCCCAACCCGAAGAACGGUCUCACACUCCCACUUCUGGCGAGAUCCCAAUCGGCGGCGCUGGUAUUAUUUCCCCUCGUGAUCAGUAUGGCUCUGGCCAGAGCCGAUCACCGCCUCGCAACGGAUACCCUUCGUCACGCACACCAGCUUCAGCGCACCCCGGACUUGGACCCAGGGUUGUCACCACGAAUUCCAUUCCCAAGGUUUCAGGCUAUCCUGACAGUGCUGGUCCUGUGAGCGCGAACGCUGCCACCUUUAGCUUACCCGUUCGACCAGCACCGCCAGGCGGACCUCUUCCCCCUCCGCCACCUCGAAAAGAGACUCCCGAUGAGCUACGAAGGGAGAACCGCAGACAGGCAACGUUUGGAUUGCCACCUAACCCUGGAUACAAUGUAUCUUAA